UAGCUUCAUCCACGAAUUUCCUAUUUCCUUCUAUUAAAGUUCAAAGAAAACCCAGUACCAAUAAUUCCUACUAUAGCAUUAACUCUUAUUUCUUCUAACCUAUAUAUAACUUUGUUGAAAAUAUCAUCUAUUGUUCUCUUACCAUAACCAUAAUUUUUUCACAUACAGUUUUCUUACUCUUUUCAGAGAAUUAACGACUCCAUGGCAUCUUCUUCUUCUGCUAGAUGGAGCUAUGAUGUUUUCCUAAGUUUUAGAGGUGAAGAUACUCGGAAAACAUUUACAAGUCACUUAUACGAAGUCUUGAAUGAUAGGGGAAUAAAAACCUUUCAAGAUGAUAAAAGGCUAGAGUACGGUGCGACCAUCUCAGAAGAACUCUGUAAAGCUAUAGAAGAGUCUCAAUUUUCCAUCGUCAUUUUCUCAAAGAAUUAUACAACAUCGAGGUGGUGUAUGAAUGAACUAGUGAAGAUCAUGGAAUGCAAGACUCAAUUUGGACAAAUUGUUAUACCGAUAUUCUAUGAUGUGGAUCCAUCACAUGUUCGGAACCAAAAGGAGAGCUUUGCAAAAGCCUUUGAAGAACAUGUAACAAAGUAUAAGGAUGAUGUUGAGGGAAUACAAAGAUGGAGGAUUGCUUUAACUGCAGCGGCCAAUCUCAAAGGCUCAUGUGAUAAUCGUGACAAGACUGAUGCAGAAUGUAUUCGGCAUAUUGUUGGCCAAAUCUCAUCCAAAUUAUGCAAGAUUUCUUUAUCUUAUUUGCAAAACAUUGUUGGAAUAGAUACUCAUUUAGAGAAAAUAGAAUCCUUACUAGAGAUAGGAAUCAAUGAUGUUCGGAUUAUGGGGAUGUGGGGAAUGGGGGGAGUCGGUAAAACGACAAUAGCAAGAGCUAUGUUUGAUACUCUUUUAGGAAGAAGGGAUAGUUCCUAUCAAUUUGAUGGUGCUUGUUUCCUUAAAGAUAUUAAAGAAAACAAACAUAGAAUGCAUUCUCUGCAAAAUAUCCUUCUCUCUAAUCUUUUAAGGGAAAAAGCUAAUUACAAAAAUGAGGAGGACGGAAAGCACCAAAUGGCUAGUAGACUGCGUUCUAAGAAGGUCCUAAUUGUGCUUGAUGACAUAGAUGAUAAAGAUCAUUAUUUGGAGUAUUUAGCAGGUGAUCUUGAUUGGUUUGGUAAUGGCAGUAGAAUUAUUGUAACAACUAGAGACAAGCAUUUGAUAGGGAAGAAUGAUGUAAUAUAUGAAGUGACUGCACUACCUGAUCAUGAAUCCAUUCAAUUGUUCUAUCAGCAUGCUUUCAAAAAAGAAGAUCCAGAUGAGUGUUUUAAGGAGCUCUCAUUGGAGGUAGUAAAUUAUACUAAAGGCCUUCCUUUAGCCCUCGGAGUGUUAGGUUCUUCCUUAUAUAAUAGGGAUAUAACUGUGUGGAAAAGUGCUAUAGAGCAAAUGAAAAAUAAUCCUAAUUCAAAAAUUGUUGAAAAGCUCAAAAUCAGUUAUGAUGGAUUAGAGUCCACGCAACAAGAGAUUUUUCUGGAUAUAGCAUGCUUCUUCCGAGGGAAAAAAAAAGAUGAUAUCAUGCAAGUUCUCAAGAGUUGUCAUUUUGGAGCCGAAUAUGGAUUGGAUGUCCUAAUCGAAAAAUCUCUUGUGUUCAUCACAGAAGACGGUGAAAUUGAAAUGCAUGAUUUAAUACAAGAAAUGGGUAGAUAUAUAGUGAACUUGCAAAAGGAUCUGGGAAAAUGCAGCAGACUAUGGCUCGCCAAGGAUUUUGAAGAAGUGAUGAUCAACAAUACGGGGACCAUGGCAAUGGAAGCAAUAUUUCUUCCUUAUUUCGAUUUUGAUACAUUACGCUUUAGCAAAAAGGCCAUGGAAAAUAUGAAAAGGCUUAGGAUAUUUAACAUAGGGAGGUCGUUGGCCCAUGAUGGUUUCAUUGAGUAUUUGUCCAAUAGCUUGCGUUGGUUUGUGUGGUAUUACUAUCCUUUUGAGUCAUUGCCAUCUACAUUUGAACCCAAAAUGCUUGUUCAUCUUCAACUCGUAUGCAGUUCGCUACAUCAUUUAUGGACGGAAACAAAGCAUUUGCUGUCUCUACGGAGGAUAAAUCUCAGCUCCUCUAAAAGCCUGAUGCGAACACCGGAUUUCACGGGGAUACCAAAUUUGGAGUAUUUGAAUCUGCAUGGAUGUACUAGUCUUGAAGAGGUUCACCAUUCUCUGGGGCGUUGUAGAAAACUCAUUCAGUUAGAUUUGUAUUAUUGUAAAAGCCUUAAGAGGUUUCCAUGUGUUAACGUGGAAUCUCUUGAAUAUCUGUGUUUAGAAAAUUGCUCAAGUUUAGAGAAAUUUCCAGAAAGUCACGGGAGAAUGAAGCCGGAGAUACAGAUUGACAUGGAAGGCUGUAGGAUAAGCGAACUACCAUCAUCUAUUACUCAGUACCAAACUCAUAUUACCAAGCUAAAUUUGAGCGGUAUGGAAAAACUUGUAGCUCUUCCAAGCAGCAUCUCUAGGUUGAAAAGUUUGGUUAGUCUGAGUGUGUCGGAUUGCUCAAAACUGGAAAGCUUGCCAGAAGAGAUAGGGGAUUUGGACAACUUGGAGGAGCUUGAUGCCAGAGAUACUCUAAUUUCACGACCUCCGUCUACCAUCGUACGCUUGAACAAACUUAAAAUCUUGGAUUUUAGAAAGUUAAACUCCAUCUCUGAGCACGCCAUCUCUGAGCCCUCCAUCAUGCUCAGAAAUGGAGUGCACUUUGAGUUCCCUCCGGUGGCUGAAGGAUUACGCUCAUUGGAAAUUCUGGAUCUCGGGUACUGCAAUCUAAUAGAUGGAGGACUUCCGGAAGAUAUUGGAUCCUUAUCCUCUUUGAAAGAAUUGAAUCUCCAUGGAAAUAAUUUUGAGCAUUUGCCUCGAAGCAUAGCCCAACUUGGUGCUCUUCGAUCCUUAGACUUAUCAUAUUGCCAGAGGCUUACACAGCUGCCAGAACUUCCACCAGAAUUAGAUACAAUAUAUGUAGAUUGGAGCAAUGAUUUCAUCUGUAAUUUGUUGUUUCAGAAUAUCUCGUCAUUGCAGCAUGACAUCUCUGCUUCAGAUUCCUUGUCACUAAGAGUAUUUACCAGUAUGCAUUAUAUCUGUGUGCUUAUUGAGGUGAAGAUCCCAAGUUGGUUCCACCAUCAGGGAACGGAUAGUAGUGUAUCAGUCAAUUUGCCUGAAAAUUGGUAUAUACCUCAUAAAUUCUUGGGAUUUGCUCUAUGUUACUCUUGCAGAUUAGUUGACGCCACAGCUCAAUUGAUUCUAUGUGAUGACGGGAUGUCGUGGAAGACCCGUAAACUUGCCUUAUCCAACCAUUCAGAAUUAGGUUGUUUCUGUGGAGACUAUGAUAUACAUUUAUUCUUUGUACCUUUUGCUGGCUUAUGGGAUACAUCUAAGGCAAAUGGAAAAACACCAAAUGACUAUGGGAUUAUUAGGCUAUCUUUUUCUGGAAAAGUGAAGAAGUAUGGACUUCGUUUGUUGUAUAAAGAAGAACCUGAGGUUGAGGCCUUGUUACAAAUGAGGGAAAAUAACAAUGAACCAACAGAACAUUCCAUUGGGAUAAGGAGGAGCAGAUCUGACAAUAGUGAACACCAUGACUCCGUGACCGAUGGAGCCAGUUGCUGUCGCAUACUGUAAUAACAUUAGAAACAAAGGUCACAUUCUAAUGAAAGUAAGUUGCAAGUUUGGAAGCAACAAAGUCAUCUUCCAAGACCAAUAUAUUUUCCUUUUUCGUUUUCUUUCCCCUAUUUACUUGCAGGAGCUCAUCAAUUGGUGAUGUACAUAUCAACAAUGAGUUUAAGUCAAUUGAUUCUCCAUCUUGUCUGUGCUUGUUUUGCGCCACGAUUAACCAUGUUGAUAUCAGCAAAGGCACUCUUAAAGCUAGCUUAAGCCCUGAAGUGAGACACAAAACAUGUUGAGCGCUUCGCCUCGCUUAGAAGGCGCUUCAGUGUCGUCAUCAAGGCUCUAAGGGAGGUCGGGAAAAAGAUAAAACAAUUGACGCAGCACAGCUUGAGACUGUGGAGAAAGCUGAGUACGAGAUGAAGUUGAGUUUUUACAGUUCAAAUGGGAACAAGGUAUUUAAGUCAAAGAGGCUUUAUUUCUGAACUUGGAUGAAUAAGAUUUGCUAAUCUGGAAAGAUGCGAUCAAGGAUAUGGAGUUUCUUCUCCUAUCAGAUUUAAGUCAAGUAGCUUACGAACGAUUUUAAAUCUUUUUAGUCUUCCAAUGUACCAGAAAAAAAGGUUUUUCAUACAAUAUGUGUUUGUUUGCGUGAUAAUAUCUCCUUUUUCACCCCCUGUGAAAUAAAAUAAAAUUUCAGAUGAAAUAGAAACGUCACAUUUCAAAUCUUCAAA